AUGGCAAAUAGCUACAUCGCACCACCAUCAACAGACCCCACUGCACAUCAGCGACUACCCCCUGUGACUCUGUUUUUGAAAUUGCACUACAAGAAAUUCCGGCUGAAGAUGAUGGCCAACUGCAAUGAGUUGUCCGCUAGCCAGCUUUCCAACCCAGCUUUAUUGUCGACCUUGUUAGCAUCGUCAUGCACGUUUCUAUAUCGCAACGCAUACCAGUACUUUUCUAUUUUCUCCGACGAAGAAGAAGACGAAGUGAUUGAGUUUAGAGAAAACCUUGUGAGGCUCUUUGUAAAAUACUACGGGAUUGCGCUUUACAAUUUGCGGCUCCUGUUGAACAACAAGGACAUGCACAGCUUGAACAUGGCGUUCACCGCGUCCAUGUAUUUAAACACGAUAUCGAUGUACGAAUGCGAGAGCGUCGAUCAGAGCUUUACAUUUUCAUCGGGCACCAUCCAAUUAGCAGACGACAUGAUUUCCAACCACAAGAAACUCGCCAACGACUUUGUCUUGGUCUAUUUGAAGCACGUUUACAUGGCGUGGUACUGUCCUCCCUAUGACCCAACGUGCAUCCAAGAACUUCGAGCAAUUGUCUAUGGCUUGCUGCGAUAUGAAAAAUUGUUCCAGAAUGAGUCAACGCGGCGCAUGUACACCAACUUGGUGAAGUUUAUGGAGCUUUUGGACAAUCCGGCGCAGAUGGCGACAACGUACCACUUGUUCCGGCAGUGGAUGCUUAUAGUUCCUUCAAAAACGUAUUUCUCCAGAAGAGAUCAGCAGCCGCCAUUUGAUGAAAUUGAAGCUGUAUUGCUCAGUAUAUAUCGAGCGUUGGAGCGCAUGCUUCAGCUGAUGUGCCCGAGAAGCUUGUUUUUCAACCUCCAUCUAUUGGACUUGAACCCCAUUGCAUCAAUAGCACCGAGCAAAUCCGUUUCGACGAAUUUUACCGAUCCGCACUUGGGAGACAUUUACAAUUACAGCAACAGGGUCUUUACCUUUUUCCACCAAAGGAAACAGAUACUACAGCAUCUUCUUGACGACCUUGAUAAUGUCGAGAUUGUCUCACAGGCCUUGAGCGAAGUCCCCAUAUACGAAUUUAUGACCACCAACUUUAAUUUCUACAAUUACCCGCAUUUCCCAAUGACACUACCGUUGCAAGAUUUGAAUGCCAAGCUAAAUAACAAGAUUGAUUUGCAACUUUUGUUCAACAAUAAGCACCAACAGGACUAUUGGACCAGGUACAAAGUGAACGAGUUUCAGGACCCCAUGAUCAAGCUGCACUAUAGGAACAUGGGCCUCGGCCUUACAAAGGAAACGUACAGCUUAAGUGACACGUUUAUCGCUCAUUUCGCGAGCGACUUUGAACAAUGCUUGAUCAACGCCUAUAGGGACCUAUUCAAUGGUGCCGUUCCCCAGGAAGACUUCUGGCCACCCGAUGAAAUCAUGGUUCCGCAUAAAAAUCGCCAUACGUCACUUGCGCAAAUCCGCAGACUACUCAAUAAGUUGCGCGAGAUGCGGAAAGUCAAGGUUGACGAGAUGCCAGGUUCAGCUCCGAGCAUCUUUAGCAAAUCAUCAUCAUGA